CUUAUUUUGAAGAAAGAUGGAAGUAACCAGGAGAAGAUCUCAUGGGUUCUUUUUUAAUUCCAGUGUCUUCGCAACAAUUUUAUGCCUCAUUAUUUCUCUAGAGACGGCGUCAGCGUGGAGGAGAGAUCUUUGUAUUCCAGGGGAUAUAUACAUGGACUCAACCAGCACUCCACUUCCUCCGGGAGCAAGUUGCCAGUUUUGUACAGAUUGGUGUGAUGAACAAUGUUUGGUCUUGGGGCUUCCACAGGUAAAUUAUGGAUGUCUUGUAUCAACUUAUUCAAUAAGAUGUAGGUGCUGCUGUGGAAGAUCACCGCCAUCACCCUCCUCUCCUCCAUCGCCAACCUUACCUCCUCCCGCUCCUCAAUCUCAAUCCGAAUUUGAGGGCCUCUGGCCUCAGCAUUAUAAUAUAUGCUUGAGUGGACAAGAAUAUAGAGUGUUUUAUCAUGAAUAUGGCCUUGAUUGUAUUGAAAAACCUGUAUGUGAGGAAUAUUGCAAUAGAAAAAACGUUCCAAUGGCAAGGUCAGAGUGCGUAUCAGGUGGUUCUGCUUAUCCUGAACCUAGGUAUGAAUGGUUUGAACAGUGUUGUUGUGCAGAUCCAUCUCCACCUCCAUCUCCCUCCCCACCCCCACCAGAUCCUUGCAGCAAAACUUGUCUCCCAGAGCUCAGUGUUCAGAUCUCGCCAGGCCAUGCACCGUGCACUUACGGACUAUUGGAAUCUUCAAGAUCGCUUACUGCUGAUGCUAAUAAUCCAUUGUCCACUAAUUAA